UCCGAAUUUGGCGGGAGCUUGAGUAGCCAGGAACCUGUUUUUGCACGGCCGGUUCACAAUGGCGACCCACCGUUCCCCGACGAAUAAGACGUGUCCCCGAGGCGGCCGGGUUGUUUGUUAUUGAACGAGCUCGUUUUUUCAUGUUGAGGUUCUCGUCACGAAACAUGCGAUGCUCACGCCGAAGAAACGGCAUUGUCAUCGCAGCUAGCCGUGUUGUCGUUCUCCAUCGUGCGCACGCAACGUAUGAUGAUGAUGCUGAUUGCGGUGCAGAUGAUAAUGAUGAUGAUGAUGAUGACGAGGACGGUGGCGUUGUUGAUGACUACGACGAUGUCGGUGAUGAUGAUGAUGAUGGUGUUGAUGAUGUCGUUGAUGAUGAUGAGGAUGAUGAUGAUGAUGAUGAUGAUGAUGGUGUUGAUAAUGAUGACAACGAUGAUGAUGAUGAUGAUGAUCAUUUGGUGCGUAAUGGAGGCGACCUUCUCGACACCACGAAUCAUGGAGUCGAUGUUCUCGACACCACAGAUGAUGAGUCCCGAGACGCACAUUCGCAUGGCAGAACCAUUUCGUCCUUGCACGAGAUCCGUGCGCUGUGCGGCGGUUGUGAGUCGAACGGGGCAGCGGGGGAAGGGGGGGACCUGGGUUCCGGCGAGGCUACACAUGUGCAGCGGGAGGAUGCCAGAGGUCUGUUUGACGAUAGCGAAGAUGAGGCGACACCGCGUCCACCGUUUUCGACGUCGAGGGAAAGAGACUGGUCCGUGCUGUCCAUACCUGGGGUACGACAAGAGGUCGCAGCGGAUCCGAGAGAAGAGGCAGUCCAGUGUGGGUCCGACUUGGAGCCCGGCGAGGGCCAUGGCGCGGAUGACAAGGCUGUGGGCGGUGAGGGACCGCAGGGGACUCCCCAAAAAAGGAGGGGAGAUUGUCAAGAGGACGUGGUAAGCUCUUCAAAGAAACAAAAGACGAGGACCCCGAAGACUACGGGAGAAAAACGGAAGGGAAAGGGGGUGGAGGAGGACCACCCGGGUAGCAAACGUCCGGCUUCAAAACAGAAACAGCCUGCGUCAGGACCUUCCACGACAAGGCCUGUCAUCGACGUGGAUGCCGGGUACUUCCUGGAGUACAAGGACGGCGUCAGGACAAGGCGGGAUUUUGAGAUUAGCCCGGCUCAGAUCGUCGACCUCGGGGAGUGGGAGGAUCUUUACAACCAGCGAUCGUUGGAUCCUGUUCUCGUGGAAACGAUAAAAGAAGCAAUGCAGUAUGCGUUCGAAAAUAAAAAGCAGACGUACGAGUUGCCGAUCUUCAAGCUCGCACCACUGGGGCUUCAAAAACCAACUCCCGGGACCAAGCCUCAACGUUUGAAGCCGGAGGAGUGGAAGGACGAGCUGGUGGGAGAAUACUACUACUACGCGGUGUGCGGGCAGCAUAACGCGGCGGCAGCCCGGUCGCUGCUCGGGAGCGAGGUGGCCAAGAAGUACAAUUUUGAGCGGUGGCCGGCGCGAAUGCCUUACUUUUCGGACGACGACUUCGAAGGGUAUUUUCUUGUUAGUUCACAGAACAACAAGAAGGACCUGAAGGCGCCUCCCAGACAGUUGAAGCUGUCUAUGAAAGACAUUCGGUGGAAGUGGAAGCAUGACGGCUGCCCGAGAGCUGUGAUGGGGCACCCUAGCGGUAAACAAGAUCAGGUCCUGGCUUGGCGUAAGUUUUGUACAACGGUGCUCCAUAAGGCGCCUCACAUCAACUUGUGGAUUCUCGCGGAUCAAAAGGAAGAGGAGGCCCUUAAGAAGCAAAAUGUUGCCCUGCGUUCUUAUUUCCCUCUCGCGAUGGCAGGAGGAAAUGUCUGGAAACUGGCCCUGGAAUUUUUCGAAAAAUGGGAGACAGGCAAAAAGGAGAAAGAGGAGGGCGAUUGGUUCGUGCAAGUGCCCGACCCGAACGCGCAUUGUUGGAAAGCAAUGGAAUCACUCACGGACAAUGAGAAGUGUCGAGUUCUAAAGAAGGUGCUUGCUUCCGAGGUCGUUUGGGUCCAGGCCGGCUCCCCGUCAUUGGUGAAGUUGGGGAAGCUCAGCGUGCAGGACAUGGUGCAGUUGGUGAAGUGCGACCGCUUGCUGCUCCGUUUGUGGAAUUAUUACCAGUUCAAACACGGGAAGAGGUCGGACGCGGAUUGGAUCCAAAGGUACCCUUUUAUGAAAUCGAGGUCUGCAGUGUUCAGGAAGUUUGAAAGUCAGGGAUUGGAUGACGAGUUGUGGGAUAACAGCAGGAAACACGUUUCGGACUCGGCGUUGUUCAAGGACUUCCCGCCGUACCUGGGUUGCAACCAGGACAACUCGAUUGAGGUGACGGAGAAGUCGGCGGGACACAAGAAGUUGUCCGUCGACUGGAGAAACAAGGUUCUCUCCGUGUUGAAUGAGAGCAGAGUGAAGAGCCGGGAGGUCGCUAUCAGCCCGUCUAGAACAAGUCGGCGUAUAAGCAUUGACAAAGUUAUCGACGGUAUCCUCGGCGACCACAACGUGUCUGCCCGUCUGUUCACAAUGUCUGACAACGACGAAACUGGCAACGUCACGUCUCCCGUUGCAGUUGCCCUAGCUUCGUCGCCGCCGAAGUCCCUGGUCCUGCCGGCCACCCUUGCCGCCGGAGAGGAAGGCGAGGUCGGGGGACGACAACAUGUCACGUCCUCAAAAAAAUCGAGGGUCGGUGGUCAAGCUCUCGAUGUGCUCGCUUUGCCCACGCCAAAUUCCCCAUCAAAGGAGCGGAGAGAGAAACAGACUGGUAAGCCGUGAAGAACGCCACACUGCCUGCGCGUCCGGAUGUCGUCAGAUUACAGUCCGCGCUGUGCACACGACGGC